GCGAAUGAUGGCCUAAGUAGUGAGUGUAUAUCAUGCUAUCGUGAUGUAGCACGUGCAAGAGAAGAGGACAUCGAGACCUUAUUAACAGCAGACCUGCAGCAAUGUGCCAUAGAUGACGACCGACUGUUCGCGUUCCUCGUCCCAUAUGUGUUCCAAAAACUUGACGUAGAAGCUGGUGCUAGUCCUUCUGUGUUCAAUGUUGUAUGUUCGCAUAUCGAUGCUAAGCAAAUCAUGCAGUUAAUUGGAGAGAUUGUUAGGGAAAAUGUAACACUUUUUCGGAAGGACUCCUUUGCUCAAAUAGUCGCAGCAUCUCUGGACUGGCCCACUACAGCUCAAUGGGCUUUUUGGCAUUUGGUACACGCCGAAGGAAUUCCGGGCGAAUGGUUGAUUCAGCUUCUUCCUAAGUUGAAGUCGUCGGAGCAUGCGGAGGCCGCAGCCAACGUACUUCUAAUGUUGAAGCGAGCAGGUAAGGGCAGUAGAUCAGAUCGAGAUCCUAAUAUGAACAUGCUGCGAGCGCUGUUCUCCCGAGCUCCUUCUGCCGAUGAUACGUUCACCGUUGACUGCAUCAAGAUUCUUAUCGAAGACCCGUCUACAUGCAAACGAGUGUCCGAUAAUGUGGGAAAUUUGCUGAAAAAGCAGAUGGCCGCUGGAGAUUUGCAUAUGGGUGGAAGCAGCAAAGGCUCAUCGAAGAAAAGCCCUCAGAAGCUGUCCAUGGAACAGGUGCUUGCACACUUGGAACACUUCACUCAGUUGUGCCUUAUGAAAGAAAAGAAGAUAGCUGAGCAGAUUUUCUCUAAUGCAACAGUUUUAGAGGCAUUUGCAGAAGCUGAAAAGUAA